AUGAACGAAUCUGGCUAUCUUCGAAAGGCAGCUGAUAAAGAAUUCUAUGACGAGGUCAAGACUGUACUUGCUCUCCAGGAGGUUGGCCAUGAACCUGAUCUUCUGGUCACGUCCAGGGUACCUGGAGAGCCUGUGGAUAGGAUGCUCUCGGACGAGCAGAUUGAGAGGAUCCAUGAGCAAAUAGAAUUCGCUAUCAACCACCUACGAAGCAUCGGCAUCCAUCUGGACGUACAAGAAAAUCCCAACUGCCUAUGCUAUGACACCGAAGACGACAAACUGUACCUCAUCGACUUGAUCCGCGUGCCUCCCAAGAUCAACCCGGCUGACCACAUGUGGGAAUUGGCAAUCGAUGCCUGGCACUACGAACAAUCGGCGGCGUUUUCCAGCUGUCGUGAGAUCGACUACGAAUUCCCAGACUGGGCUAAGAAUAGUGGCAGAUAG